AUGGGUGACCUUCAGAGACUUCUUAGCCAAGGAGAAUAUGCUCCUUUUACCUCUGCCCCCAUCUUCGAGAGCAAGUUUGUCCAGGUUAAUCGAAGAGGCGAACCAAUUUCUGUCCAUAACCAACCCAGCUGCGUGACCAUUGGCAUCUGUGCUGCCAAUCCCAGUUCACCGAUGCCCAAUGCGAUGCUGGUUGCACGCGAGGUGCCCGUCUCCCCACAGGAAAGUACGACAAACUUCUGGAAACUCUCAGAGCAGCCAUCUCCCAUGGAACAGCUAGCACUUACCAGGUUCUUCCCCUUGAAGUUUGUGGAACUCUCUGUCCACAGCACAGAUAAGCAUCACCUCAUGUUAAAAUUAGUAAAUGGCCGUUCCUAUUAUCUAGAGCUCUGUGCCCCACCAGACCAGCAACAACACCUAUUCCACCUGUGGCUGCAGCUCAUCUCUCUCCUGAAACCCCCAGAAAAUACCAGCAAUACCGAAGUCGAUGUAAAACGCAAGGAUUUUGGCAUGUGUCACAAGAAAGCUCCCAGCCCAAACAAGCCAUCAGAAAAUAGGGAUGACCCACAAGAUGUGCCUAACCCCAAAACAGAGGAAGAAGAAGUUACUAAGCAGACCUCCCCCAACCAAGUUCCCCUCUCAGGUACAGUGGGUCCCACAGAAGAGAGUGGAAGGAAAGAGGAAACCUUCCACAGAUCCCUGAAACCAACCAGGCAAGAAACCACCAUGCAGCCAAAGAAUAUAGAUCCUCUGGAUACAAAGAAGAGCAAAAGCACAGAAAAGAAGAAAACUAGAUGUAGAAAAGACAGUAAACUAGCGAUCAGUUUGGAUGAGGAUGACAACACUGAAGAGCCAACUGGUGAAUCUAGCUACUUUUUGCAGCCAUUAUAUCUUCUAGACACCGUGUCCUGGGCACCUUCUGUGCCUCAGCCUCCCUCCGCUCUCCCAAAGACGGGCUCUCAGAUGAGAGUGAACAUUUUCUGUCCCACAACAGGCCCCAGCCUGGCUGGGGCUUUCAAGAUGGGGUUGCGGCUUCAGCAGCAGUACAAGGAGAAGGGGGGGGAUGAUGAGUGGGCAGUAGUUAACGCACCUCCUGGCUCGGAACGACUUCGUUGUCGGAAAGCCCGUAGCGAUAAAACGCUUGGGGCGGGGGUGCUUUCCGCGCUGGGGGGCCGAGGCCGUGCUGCGGCGGAGACUGCGCGGGCGAGCAGCAAAGGGCACCGGGGGCUCGCUGAGGCAGGCGGCACGACAGAGCGGGAUUAA